CAGCUUACCAUGUCAAAACAAACACCCGUGCAACCCCACUUCCCAGUCUCUGCCACUUCCCAAUCCCACCACACAUCUCUUUAAAAGUUCUCUGUUUUUAUGAGUUUUUCCAUAAUUUUUGACACCACACAUUUCAUUUCUCCAAAGCCUGGUGGAAUUUUACUUUUCUUUUUGAGUUAAAAAGAGUUCCUUUCCACAGUUUUGAUGGCUUUGAAUUUGAUUUCUUCUCCUGAUAUUAAGUCUAUAUCCUUCUUGGAUUCCACCAAGUCCAAGUCCAAUUCCCUCCCCAAGCUUUUUCCAGGGGGGUUUGUUUUGAAGAGGAAGGAUUGUGGCACGACGUUUGGGAGGAGAGUUCAAUGUUCAGCUCAGGCUCCACAACCACCACCGGCCUGGCCAGGACGAGCUUUUCCGGAGCCUGGAUGCAGGACUUGGGAUGGUCCCAAGCCUAUCUCCAUUGUUGGUUCAACUGGUUCCAUUGGAACUCAGACGUUGGACAUAGUGGCAGAAAAUCCAGAUAAAUUCAGAGUUGUGGGGCUGGCUGCUGGUUCAAAUGUGACGCUUCUUACUGAUCAGGUGAAGACGUUCAAACCUCAAAUUGUUGCUGUUAGAAAUGAGUCUUUGGUAAGUGAACUCAAAGAGGCUUUGGCUGAUAUGGAACAAAAGCCUGAGAUUAUUCCUGGGGAGCAAGGAGUUAUUGAGGUUGCUCGCCAUCCUGAUGCUGUCAGUGUAGUUACUGGGAUAGUAGGCUGUGCAGGAUUGAAGCCCACAGUGGCUGCGAUAGAAGCAGGGAAAGAUAUUGCUUUGGCCAAUAAAGAGACCCUGAUUGCUGGUGGUCCCUUUGUCCUUCCUCUUGCUCACAAGCAUAAAGUAAAAAUCCUUCCAGCUGAUUCGGAACAUUCUGCCAUAUUUCAGUGUAUUCAGGGACUACCAGAGAGUGCACUUCGACGUAUUAUUUUAACUGCAUCUGGUGGGGCUUUCAGGGAUUGGCCUGUUGAAAAUUUGAAAGAAGUUAAAGUAGCUGAUGCUUUGAAGCAUCCUAACUGGAAUAUGGGGAAAAAGAUUACUGUGGACUCUGCUACCCUUUUCAAUAAGGGUCUAGAAGUCAUUGAAGCCCAUUAUCUUUUUGGAGCUGAGUAUGAUAACAUUGAGAUAGUAAUUCAUCCACAAUCUAUUAUACAUUCAAUGGUUGAAACACAGGAUUCAUCUGUCCUGGCUCAGUUGGGAUGGCCAGAUAUGCGCUUGCCAAUCCUCUACACUAUGUCAUGGCCAGAAAGAAUUUACUGCUCUGAAAUAUCUUGGCCUCGCCUUGAUCUUUGCAAGCUUGGUUCACUAACUUUUAAGGCUCCUGACAAUGUGAAAUACCCCUCCAUGAGUCUUGCCUACGCUGCUGGAAGAGCUGGAGGCACCAUGACAGGAGUUCUUAGUGCAGCUAAUGAAAAAGCUGUAGAGCUGUUCAUCAAUGAAAAGAUCAGUUAUUUGGAUAUUUUCAAGGUGGUGGAACUAACUUGUGAGAGGCACCGGGACGAAUUGGUGGCCACUCCUUCCCUGGAGGAAAUUAUACAUUAUGACUUGUGGGCACGAGACUAUGCUGCUAGCUUGCAAUGCCCUUCCGGUCUAAGUCCUGUUCCUGCAUGAUUGACGGCUCGCUCAUUGUGGCCAGGAUAACAAUGACUCUAUUUGGAAGACUCGGAAGUUUUGAAUUUAUGCCAAAGGCUGGCGUCUGGCGGUAGGUUUAUGGAGGCAUUUAGCAAUUGUAUCAUAUAUUCCUGAAUAACUUUCCCCUGUUUAGUUGAACAUUCUCAAACACAAUCCCAAGCAUAUUGGUAGCUUUAAAAUUAUUAUCAAAAAAGAGGGGAAGAUUAAGUAAGAGGAAAAAAAAGAGGGGAGGAAGGGAAGGGGGAACAAUGAAGAUUGCUUUUGGCUGUCAAAAAGUUUCAUUUUCCGAUUGCCUUAAUGUUUCCUUGUGUUGAGGGCCAAGAAAUGUUAUAUGGCUCUUGAGGAAUAUGAGCCAUGGUUCACCUGAUAACAUGUAAACGGGGUAGUUGGGUUUGGAUCCUUGUCUUGUUCUCUGCCCUAAAAAUAGAAAGCCUGGUUUUCAUCGGAGUUGGACAUUGGGUUCAGCGAGCACAAGGUGAGUGAUUAGACGAGGCCCAUGAAUGAAACCUGAAAUUUUGAAAUUGGGUCAGUUCCGAUUUUUGAUUGGAUUGAGUUUCAUCUGUUCAUUUUAAGUGCUCCAGCCUGGAAUUGGGUUGAGAGUUAGAGGCCCACUGCAUGGGCCGCUGCUAUGAAACCUCAAAAUGGAGCUUACACCCAGUCUGAAUCCUUUCUGUCUAGUCCAAAAACUUUACAAUUGGACAGCAAAAGAGUACAUUUCCAGCACCAUAAUCUCGAGAUUUAUGUCUCUACUCAUUUUGAUACACGUCUUGAAGCUAAUGAAUAGACUGACAGUUUCAUUUUCUA